GGCCGCAUGCAGCCCAAGGUGAAACGAAGCAGUGACAGUCAGCAGGCUAUGGAUCCGCCACCACAUCUGGGCAUUGAGAGGGAUAGUCUAGCUCUUCUGCAUCUGUGCUACGAUAGUCCACCAUAGCUGGGUGGCUUGGGCCAUGAGAUCCAUAUGCGUGCGAGACAGUAUCGCACGUGACAAUAAUGAAAUGGACGAUGUACCACCCAAACAAUCCUGGGUGCAAGCGUCGUCGAUGGCCAUGGCAGGGUCCCAAGCUAAAGGGGUUUUGACGGUUGCUGUCAUCCAUGUCUACGACAAUGCUAGGCAUCUGCAAAAGGAGUUUGAGUGCGACUUAAGUCUCCUUUUGUCCCAUAUGAAGUACUUCCAUACUCAUGUCGACGCCAAAGCCUAUGGGAUCACAAUGAACACCCGUGAUAACAAUUGCGCUACCACUAGCACCAGCAACCACAACACCACCAAUAGUGUCAACAGCGGGAGCAAUAGCAAUAACAAUUACAGCAAUAGCAAUAGCAACAGCAAUUACAGCAAUAGCAAUAGCAAUUACGGCAAUAGCAAUAGCAAUAGCAAUUGUAUAAACAGCGGUGGUAGCAAUAGCAAGAGUAAUAAUAGCUAUCAAAGUAAUAACAACAAUGCGUACCAGAAUGGGGGAGGGGUUAAGGCAGCUAACAACCAUGGUAGAGGAGGAGGUGGGAGGAGAAGAAAGGUGCACAUAUCUGUGCUUUGUGAUGUGGCCGUGUUCUCUUGGCUCCUCAAGUACAUCAAAGGGGAGGAAAGAACACCUUUGUCAAUCCACACUUGCUUGCCGCUUCUAAUAUCUUCCGAGUUCUUGCAGAUGGAGAAGCUAGUGAACGAGUGUGUGGCGUUUCUGUCCGCAAAUCUGCUAGCUGUUGCGGCAAUGCCGCUGGACCUGUGCGGCAUCAGUCAGUCUAUUUUGGGAAGACUGGCCACGUGGCUGAGCGAAGACACCCUCGAGAAACUCUAUUGGGGUUGGGAAACGAAUCGACUGCUACCUUGUGGACCUACAGGUCUUGGUCCUGGUGCCCCCUCCGGCUGCAAUCCAGCGUCGGGCACAGGGUCGGGCACAGGUUCGGUGAACAUAUUUCAAGUUGCAGCAGCGUCGGGAUCCACUUGGGAGGAAGGACUCAAGGGAGGAGAGAAGAGAGGUCAAAUGAGAGCAGAGCGGGUGACUGUCUCGAGACCAAAUCUGGCCUGUAAAUUGUACAAGAUGAAAUUAGAAAUCUUCUUGCACAAGUGGAGGGAGGACGUCUGCCGCUGCUCUGUCUGCCGCCAGUUGUUCCCAGCACCGGCGUCUGGCCUCCUGCCAUGUCCAGGUUCUCAGAAUGAUGGUCUUCAGUGUAUACCAGCCGUUGAUCGCCCAGCAUGUGAUCGUGAACACACUGAAGAGACGGCUGCAACGGCUAGCUCGAAAGACAAUAGCAGUAGUAAGGAGUCAUUCCCUCCUCCUCCUCCUCCUCCUCCGCCGCCGCCUCCGCCUCCGCCUCCUCCCCCUCCCCCUCCUCCUCCUCCUUAUCCUGCUGCUGCUCCCUCUGCUCAUCAUCGUUGUAAUUCUAUCCACCAGUAUGACGGGCGACAACGGAGGUUGUUCGCUAGAUCAAGAACCAUCGGUGGAUAUCGUACCCAUGUGAAGGAUCCUGAUUGGGACGUGUACGCGUACCUGAAUCACCUGAGACAGAAGAAGUAUACUUGGCGCACACUUUACUGGCAUGUAUGGGGAAGGGUGCACGUGCUGCAGUGUUCGGUUUGUCGACAGUUGUUUUCUGUUGCCGACAUCGAUAAAUGCAGUCAAGAGCCGCACCCUACGGUUGCCAGGACCAACAGGAGGACAAGGGUGGGGAUGGGGAUGGGGAUCCGGAUGGGGUUAGACGUACCGCAGAUCACAAAGGCUUUGACACAACAGCAGGCCAGCAACUCUGCAGCAGCAGCAGCCGUCUUGUCGCCAUCCAACGUAUCGGUGACGGUGGAGUCGGACACGGAAAGGGGGGUGGAGGUGGAGGGGAAGGAGGGAAAGGAGGGAAAGGAGGGAAAGGAGGUCGUGGCCGAACACGAGGAGGAGGAAGAAGGUGAGAAGAACGAUGCCACAGCUUCCGCGAGCGGAUCGCAGCUGAUCUCAUUGAAUGGACCGAUGCAUGCCAAUGGACAAGCAGAGAACUUCCCUCCUCCUCCUCCUCCUCCUCCUCCUCCUCCUCCUCCUGCUCCACCUCCUCCUCCUCCUCCUCCUUUUGUCCCGAGUGGAGAGACGCCAACAAGGUCUCGAUGGUAUCGUCUGCAUGAGCCUACGCUCGCCGAAAACCUCUUCCGCUGCUUUCCCCGUAACGAGAAGAAGAUUCAGCGCACGAUCGCCGCCGGCCUGACCAAGCACAGUUCGGCCCACUGUAAGGACGAGUCCAUAUGCAGUGAACUGCAGGAAGUUUACCGGUGCGUGGUGGAGGUUGCCCGUCGACACCGAGCCGUCGUCGUGUCGCCGUUCGAAGAGCAGGCCAAGAGGAAACUCAGUAGUCAGAAGGACCCCCAUCAUCCAUCAAGUACUGAUCACAAUCUUCACCCUCAACAGCAGCAGCAACAGGACCUGAUCGUUGCAGACGCUGAGGGGAGGAGAAAGACCACCUCCACCUCCACGACCUGGCAAGCUCAUCCGAUUCGAAUUAACGGUGAAGAGAUGGCCCCCAGGCCGAACCGCAGUGGCUCAGAGAAUCGACUGAGGGGGAACCUGCUGGAGAAUGCUACAGCCCAUGCAGGUGUAGACUCUGUCGAGAUCCGAACAGUCAUCGAUCGUCCUCCACUCACUUCGAAAUCCGCCAAUGUGCAGAAAAUUGGGGUUUUGAUAUCCUUACGCCCCGAGAAAGAAAGAGGGUCAAACAAAGAUUUUCAUUUUCAGUCGCACAGGAAACUAAGGGGGAAGGAGGAGAGAGAGGGGGUGGGGAAACCCCGUGGUUCCGAUUACGAAAGUUCAUACAGCAAAUCCAAGGAGGAGGAGGGGGAGGAGGAGGAGAGGGAGGAGGAGGAAGAGGAGGAGCAGAGGGGAGACGUGGAGAUGGAGAUGAAGGCGGCGGGGAGGGAGGUAACGACAAGAGGAAGAAGGCAUGCUAGGAGAGAGAGGAGGAGGGAGGAGGAGGAGGAGGAGGAGUGUGGAGGUGGCAAGCAAGAAGAGGAAGAAGAAGCAGAAGAUGCAGACGAGGAGGAGGAAGACGAGGAGGAGGAAGACGAGGAGACAGAAGAAGAAGAAGAGGAAGAGGAAGAUGAAGAGGAAGAGGAAGCAGAAGAAGAUGAAGACGACGGUGAUGAGGAAAGCGUCCGAGAGUCCAUUUCUGAAGCUCAACUGGAUAGGAGAAUGGACGACGAGGAUUCCCCCCCUAGUACUUCUUCUCACGUCGCCCGGCAAUCCGACGGUUAUGGGAAGAAAAAUGAGGAGCGGGAGGGGGUUAAGUGCUGUCGUCUCAAGCUGAUACGCAGUGUAAGGGAUCGCCGCAGAAGGGGGGGGGCAGGGGUUGGGGUGGGGGUGGAGUGGCCCAGCGAAGUGCCAGAUGAGUGGGAAGAGCGUUCGCGCAGCCGUCAGGGCGGCGACCGUGGUUCGAAUCAUCGGACUCGACUGAACGCUGCGGCUCCGGACGUUGGAUCGUCGUCCCGCGACCGGUCGCCCAGUUCUGCGCCAACGGAGGCAACCGUGUGUACGGAGCUCAGUGUCGCCAACGGCUGCUGGUCGCCCGAUCGAGCCCCCGCCCAGUCGUACAGUCAAUUGGAAUUGGCGUACGGUCAAUGCGGGUCGUACGGAAGAUCGUCCGUCGUCUCUGAGUCUUCCUCAGAGCCGACCAAAGCAUCGCGUAAGACUACCGGUAGCAAGGGUGUCGCUACCGCUACCGGUAGCAGUGGCAAGGCUAAAAAUAACUCAGCCCUGAUCUGUUACUUGCCAAUCACGAACUCAGGCAAAGCUGGAGGAGGAGGGGGUGCAACCGGUGGAGGAGGAGGGGGUGCAAAUGCUGGAGGAGGAGGGGGUGGAAUUGGAAUAGACAGAGGUAUGAGAACGAGUCAAUACAGCAGAGUCCUUCAUCAAGAGACGAGUACUGAAGCUCCUCCUCCAAGUAUAGUGGAAGAUAGAGAGCUGUCGUUGAAGGGGCAUAAGACGUUGAUCUGGUCCUUACGUCGGGACGACGACGCGAUCCGAAUGAAGUUGCUGAUACGGCAAUUGAUGGCGAGCCGCAGAGAUAACGGCAGGAUCUCCUCAUCGACCACCGCCUCCUCCUCCUCCUGCUCCUCCUCCUCCUGUAGGCAGCAGCAGCAGAGACGGAAGAGUGAUCAGGUGGAGUACCGUCACGGUGGUGGAUGUACACCCACCGUCGAUCUAAGGGCAGUCACUGCGGACCCAGGUGGGUUGGCCAGGUGGGGAGGGCCCGGAGGGGGUCGUUCCUUCAGCGCAAGGGCUUCGCUGACAGGUGAGCCUGAGCGUGCACGUACGUGUGUGGCUAUGGCCAGUAGCAGGACCGAGCAUACUGUGUCGUUAAGUCAGAUCUUGGCAGCGGCGAGAGAUCGAGCCCCACCGAGUGCAGCAGCUCGAAUUGACACUGGUGACUGCAACGCUGCCAAUCUUAGCCAUACUACCGGUAGCAGCUGUCGUCGCAGUCGAGGUCGUAGUAAUAGUGCUAGUACUAGUGGUAGGAGUACGGCGGGGAGGAGGGGAAGGAGAAGUAGAGGUAGCAGUCCGGCAGUUCAUCCUAACGACGACGAAGAGACUCAAGAGAGUGAUGAUCUAGACGACCAUCAAAGUGAAAUUGUGCAGUGUAAAGCUCAGACAGUUGGGCGUCCAGAUAACGAGGAGUGCUCGGGAACGCACCUUACCACAUGCAGCGUGCAAAUGCAGAUGACACCAGAUCAUGAGGAUGCAGAUGAUGAGGGUGAUGAAGAAGACGAGGAUGAUAAGUAUGGCGACGGUGAGCAACAGAAAGUGGAGGAGAAGGAUGGGGAGAGAAAGGAAGGGAGGAAGGGGGGGGAGCACAAGCAGCAGCAGCGGGACGACGAGGAGGAGGAGGAGGAGGAGGAGGAGGAGGAGGAGGAGGAGGAGGAAGAAGAGGAGGGAGGGGAGGGGGAGGAGGAGUGUAGUAGCGCCACAGCCAAACAGAUUGACAAGCACAAGGAUGGCGAGAAGGGAGGGAGAGAGGAGCCCUGGAAUCGGUCUCCUCCUGUAGCUUCAGCUCGAAGCCACGGCAAUGCAGCAAUAAAGAAAUUGCUACUACUUCGGCGAGACACGUGGCAGGAUCUGAUUCGCUUGUCUGCAACAGCUAGAGCCAGACCGCGACGUUCCUCCCCUCCUUUCUCCUCCUCACCUGCUACCUUCCCUCGCCAGCGAACUUCCACCGCCAUCGCCAGAUCCCCGUACCUCAGUAGUAACUAUAAGCCUCGCUGCCCUCCUCUGCACAGGACUCGCAGAGCUCGGCCUGUCAGCUCCACCAAAGACCUGCUUCGACCACUAAGCUCCCCAUUCCCCUGAAGCGAGUUUUCGCUUCCCCCCCCCCCCCCUCGCUUCCCCCC